UACGACGAAGAAAAAGAAGAGUCAAGAAUCUCUUUCUCUCUUUCACGCGUUUCGUCGUUCCGAUCGAAAGGUUUUUUUUUUUUUUAGCAGAAAAAUUUUCAAUAAAUUUCGUUGGAGCUUUCUUCUUCUUCAACGGUUCGAGAUUUGGUGUUUUUUUUUUACUUUAAAUUUGGUUCAUCGUAUUAAAUCUAUCAUGAUGAAUUCAAUCUUCGGAAAGCGUAAAACUCCCGCAGAGCUACUGCGGGAGAACAAGCGGAUGCUGGAUAAGUCGAUCAGAGAGAUAGAGAGGGAGAGGCAAGGCCUUCAAACUCAAGAAAAGAAACUCAUCGCCGAGAUUAAAAAGACCGCUAAGCAAGGCCAGAUGGGAGCUGUUAAAGUGAUGGCAAAGGAUCUUAUCAGAACGCGGCACCAGAUUGAGAAGUUCUACAAGCUUAAAUCCCAACUCCAAGGUGUAUCUCUCAGGAUCCAGACUCUGAAAUCAACACAAGCGAUGGGUGAGGCGAUGAAAGGUGUGACUAAAGCUAUGGGGCAGAUGAACAGGCAGAUGAACCUCCCUUCUCUGCAGAAAAUCAUGCAAGAAUUUGAGAGGCAGAACGAGAAAAUGGAGAUGGUCUCUGAGGUCAUGGGAGAUGCUAUUGAUGAUGCUUUGGAAGGAGAUGAGGAAGAAGAAGAGACUGAAGAUCUUGUUAGUCAAGUCCUUGACGAAAUCGGAAUCGACAUCAACCAAGAGCUGGUGAAUGCUCCAUCUGGUGCGGUCGCAGUACCAGCAACAAAGAACAAAGUGGUACAAGCUGAGGCAACCGGAGCUGAGGAUGGCGGAGGAAUAGAUAGUGACCUUCAGGCGAGGUUGGACAACCUUCGAAAAAUGUGAAGCCUUUUUGGGUUUUUUUUGUAUCAUAUUUACUGAGGGGUUGAUUACUUUUCAACUUCAAAGGCAAAUGUUGCCAACAAUAUGUUUACGUUUUGGGGGUGGGUUUGUAAUAAUUUCAUAAUUUGUGAUCACUGAGAAUUUAUCCCUACUGAUUAUUUGUUCAAACACUUUGUAUAUACAA